GAUUAUUUCCUCGACAUCUACAAACUUCACACCAUGCAGUCCAGGACAUUAUUGCGAUCGCAAUGCCUGGCACUCUCACGGACGGCGACCACGAGUCUGCGAACGGCUUCACGAGACCAUGUGACCAAUGCUAGUCGGCAGCUGAGGUCCAGUCCAUCCACAUUUCCAUCGCAAAGAGCAUACGCUUCGAGUACGCGGAGUGGAUUCCCUCUUAUACCGGCCCGAUGCUCGCAUCGUUCAUACACCUCCUCGCCUCAUCGGACAUUCCACACGACCUCUGUGCGACAGCACGGCGACCUCACGCCACCUAAGCCGGGCGAGGAAAGAAAAGUGACAUUUAUCGACAAGGAUGGGCAAGAAUCGACAUUCGAGGUCGCCGAUGGCGACAACUUGUUGGACAUCGCACAAGCAAAUGAUUUGGAAAUGGAGGGUGCAUGCGGCGGGAGCUGUGCGUGCAGUACGUGUCAUGUCAUUGUGAAGGACGAGGACAUAUAUGACAAGAUGGAGGAACCAUCAGACGAUGAGAACGACAUGCUUGACCUUGCUUUCGGACUUACAGAGACGAGUCGAUUGGGAUGCCAGGUCGUGAUGAGUAAAGAAAUCGAUGGACUUGUUGUAAAGCUGCCUAGCAUGACGAGGAAUUUGCAGGCCUCGGACUUUGCAGAGAAAGAGAAGAAGGGUUGA